GUUUUCACUUUUCAGGCAAAAACCAAAAACCACACUCGUUCCUCAUUCCUGACACCUAUCUACUAUGUUUUAAUGUGACCGGAAAGCUUUGCAGAAACCGGUGAAGAAGAUGAACCAAUCACCGUCCGAUCAGGCAGCUGCCGGCCCAUCCGUGAGGAAACCCGGUAGUUUCAAGAAGAGGGCUGUUUCAGAAUUGGAAGGCUCCUCCAGCGAGAAGAUCCACCUCAGAGUGGUUGACCAAGAAGGUAGUUCAUGUGAUUACUAUAUCCCCCGAAACUUAGCUAUGCAGAAGUUCUUGAGACGUUAUUGUCAGGACAAGAACUUGGAGUAUCUGUCAAUGAUCUUUCUUUACGAGGGCAAUCGCGUCCGUGUCCGAAGCACUCCAGCAGAGCUUCACUUGGCUGAUGGUGAUCAGAUCGAUGCAAUGGUUUAUGCGGGUGGGGGAGGCCAUUCAACUGUUUAAAAAGCAAUCAACUAGAGAAGCACAAGGGAGUAUGAAUCUAUGGAUGAAUAAUAUCUCCUUUUUUUUAAAAAAAGUUCCCUUUUGUUCAACAAUUUCAACUUUUCCAUUUGUGGAGAUUGUUGAUUAUGUUUAUGAAGUGUAAGGAUUCUAAGUUUGUGGAGAUUGUUGAGUAUGAAUCUAUGGAUGUAUAACAUCUCUUUAAAUUUCUUUCCAAGGUUAAUGACUUGCAGUUUCUUU